GGUGCCUAAUUACGCAUGAUUAAUGAAUUACGCACUGGAACGCCGCUGAGCCUGGUGUGUAAUUCUAGCACUAGAACAAAGAGUCGCUUGUUUCAUUAAUCCUGGGUGUGAGUGUGGGUCUGUGGAGAGGGCAGAUUGGAGGCGAUACAGCUGAACGCUGCUGAGUGUCCGCAGCGCGCAAAAGGAGUGCACAUGUGGGUCCUCUCGCCUCUCCUGCAGGGCAGCAGUGAUGUCGGAGCGCCUAUAUAAGAGCCCUCAAGAUGCCACUGAUCGGUCAUUCAGGCACUUGCUGCCAGCGGGACAUUGCCUCCGCUCACUCACACUUUCAGAGCCACGCUGUCCAAAGGCUUCACGCCACAGUUCUGUCGGAUUUUUUCUCCAGCGAGCUCGAACCAUGCGCGUCCGUCAACAAGGGUUUAAAUCCAGAAACUUUGUCAAAGAAGCUCCACAGCGCAGAGAAGUGAGCGCGACUUUUCACUAGACACUCCACGUGAAGUUUUGAGAAAAUAACAAACCGGAUUUUUUUGCGCACCCCGGGCAUGGACAAUGGAUACUUUAAGCCUCUCAGUGAACGCGGUCUCCUACACUGUGGCGGCAGAUGUCGCCCCCACUGAUGAUCCGUUCAACGGACCCAUCAGGGACAUCGCUCCAUGGAACUUCACGGUCCUGGCCGUGCUCAUGUUCGUUGUCACCUCGUUGUCUCUGAGCGAAAACUUCCUCGUCAUGUUCGUCACUUUCAAGUUCAAACAGCUCCGGCAGCCUCUGAACUACAUCAUAGUGAACCUGGCCAUCGCGGACUUUCUGGUCUCGCUCACCGGCGGACUAAUAAGUUUCCUGACGAACGCCAGAGGUUACUUCUUCCUGGGGAGGUGGGCGUGCGUCCUGGAGGGGUUUGCUGUUACUUUUUUCGGGAUCGUGGCUCUGUGGUCUCUGGCCGUCCUCUCCUUUGAGCGAUUCUUCGUGAUCUGCCGACCUCUGGGGAACAUCCGACUGCAGGCCAAGCACGCCAUCCUGGGUCUGCUGUUCGUCUGGACCUUUUCCUUCAUCUGGACCUUCCCCCCGGUGCUGGGCUGGAACAGAUACACUGUGAGCAAGAUCGGGACCACCUGCGAGCCCGACUGGUAUUCAACCAACAUGAAGGAUCACAGCUACAUCAUCACCUUCUUCACCACCUGUUUCAUUUUUCCUCUCGGGUUAAUAUUCUUCUGCUAUGGAAAACUCCUACGGAAGCUCAGGAAGGUGUCUCAUGGUCGUCUGGCCACAGCCAGGAAGCCAGACCGUCAAGUGACCCGCAUGGUGGUGGUGAUGAUUGUAGCGUUCAUGGUGGGUUGGACGCCAUAUGCAGCCUUCUCCAUACUGGUCACAGCUCAUCCAACCAUCGAACUGGACCCUCGAAUGGCCUCCAUCCCCGCCUUCUUCUCCAAAACAGCUACUGUGUACAACCCCGUCAUAUACGUCUUCAUGAACAAACAGUUCAGGAAGUGCCUCAUCCAGCUCUUCGGUGGCAUGGGGAACAUCCACGACGGCAACCUGAACCAGACCUCAGAGCGCCCUGGAAUCACCGCAGAGAGUCAAACAGGAGAAAUGUCCACCAUCGCAGCGAGAAUCCCCGUGAGUGGCACUGGAUCGGCCAGGUCUGACGAUUCUCCAACCGACUGCGGCUCAUUCGCACAGCUACCCAUCCCUGAGAACAAAGUGUGCCCCAUGUAGCCGUACACUUUUCCCUGACCUCUGACCCUCUUUUUGGUAUUUUUUAAACCAGGGCAGACGUUGGUGUCAAAACUAAGAGUCACAAAAACUGUUGAAUUGCUGCAGUAUGUUGCUUCAGCUGGCAGCCAUUGAAAAGUCUUUAAACGGCGACAAAAUAAUCCCUGUGAGGAAACGCACCUGAUUGGUACGUCCACUAAAACGUCUUGUUUUCAUCACUGCCAGGCUCAGAUCCAAUUUCCACAUACUCAUGGUGCGCUGUGGUCCAUCAGCUCCGUGCACCACGCCGCCGCACGCUGCCACUCUAGUCAAUGCUCCUGUUUGGACAGCGAGCGCCGCUAUCUGUCACUCGUACCAGCCAGCAGCACCACUGCUCCGUUUCAAAUACCGCUAUUUUCGACGGAGCUCAUUGCAAGCACGCGUCAAGCUAGACAGAAUAGACCGAGCUGGACAGGAAGUCAGACAAGGAAACAACGCACUGGUCAAUCUCAAAAUAAAACUCAUUAGUCGUGUGUAUCGCUGCGCUCCAGGAACAGAAACAGAUGCGUCGUCCGAUGGAGCAAAACCAUGAAGCGUGCGUGGAUUAUGUGGAAAUUGGCAGUAAGUGUCAGACAACAUAACAGAAA